UCUUUCUUCCUCUCUCGACCAUCGUCUCCUCCUUCCCCUCUUUGGAGCCGUUUAACCAUGCCGAAGCAUUACAGACCAGCGGGAAAGAAGAAGGAAGGAAAUGCGGCGAGGUAUAUGACCAGGUCGCAAGCUCUUAAGAGUCUUCAAGUUAACUUAAACCUCUUCAGGAGACUAUGUAUUGUGAAAGGUAUAUUCCCCAGAGAACCGAAGAAGAAGGUGAAGGGAAACCACCACACUUACUACCAUGUGAAGGACAUUUCUUUCCUUCAGCACGAGCCUCUUCUUGAGAAGUUCAGGGAAAUCAAAACAUACCAAAAGAAGGUUCAGAAAGCCAAAGCCAAGAAGAACGAGGAGCUUGCACGCCUUUUGCUUACCCGCCAACCCACUUACAAGCUUGAUAGAUUGAUCCGUGAAAGGUAUCCUACGUUCAUUGAUGCGCUACGCGACUUGGAUGACUGUCUUACGAUGGUUCAUCUCUUUGCGGUGUUGCCUGCUUCAGACAGGGAGAAUCUUGAAGUUAAACGAGUCCACAACUGCAGAAGAUUGAGCCAUGAGUGGCAAGCUUACAUUUCUCGUACCCAUGCGUUACGGAAAGUGUUUGUGUCUGUUAAGGGCAUAUACUAUCAGGCUGAAUUAGAAGGCCAAAAGAUCACUUGGUUGACCCCUCAUGCGAUACAACAAGUCUUCACGAAUGAUGUUGAUUUUGGUGUUCUGCUAACCUUCUUGGAGUUCUAUGAGACUCUUCUUGCCUUUACAAACUUUAAGCUUUACCAUUCUCUGAAUGUGAAAUACCCGCCGAUCCUUGAUUCUCGGUUGGAGGCUUUGGCUGCUGAUCUCUAUGCUCUGUCAAGAUACAUAGACGCUAGCUCAAGAGGCAUGACUGUGGAAGCUAAAGUUGAUGCUUCAUCUAGCUCACAGUCAAACGACCGUGCGGAGUCUGAACUGAGACUUGCACAACUUCAGCACCAGCUGCCUUCGAGUGAGCCUGGUGCGUUGAUGCAUCUCGUUGCAGAUAAAGAGGUUGAAGAGGAUGAAGAAACAAGAGCCUGCAAAUCACUCUUCAAGGACCUGAAGUUUUUCUUGAGCCGUGAGGUUCCAAGAGAGUCCCUGCUUUUUGUUCUUCCUGCUUUCGGUGGGACGGUGUCUUGGGAAGGAGAAGGUGCGCCUUUCAAGGAGGAUGAUGAGAGUAUUACACAUCAUAUCAUUGAUAAGCCAAGUGCUGGUCACAUGUAUCUCUCAAGGGAAUAUGUUCAACCACAGUGGAUCUAUGACUGUGUCAACGCCCGCGUUAUCUUGCCAACGGAAAAGUAUUUGGUCGGAAGGAUUCCACCACCUCACUUGUCACCAUUUGUGGACAAUGAAGCAGAAGGAUACGUUCCUGAUUACGCUGAAACCAUCAAAAGGCUACAAGCAGCAGCCAGGAACGAUGUUCUUCCGUUGCCAGGUGUUGGCAAAGAAGAUCUUGAAGAUCCCCAGAACUUGUUGUACGCUGGUGUUAUGAGCCGCGCUGAGGAAGCUGAAGCUGCUAAAACCAAGAAGAAGAUGGCUGAGCUGGAGAAGCAAUACCAUGAGGAGCUGAAAAAAGAAGUGACGGGAAGUGCAGUAGAUGAUGUAGCAGCAGCACCUGUGGUGGAAGGAGGUGAUGGUGAAGAAUCAUCAGUUCCUGAUGCAGCUCAAAUUGCCCAAGAUACUGCUGAUAUGCCGACAUUGAUGAUGUCCCGUAAAAAGAGGAAGCUCUACGAUGCCAUGAAGAUUGGGCAGAAGAAGAAGAGUGAAAGUGUUGAGCGAAUCAAGCAGCGCAAGAAAAACUUGAAAGCUGAUCAGUGAUAAACUUGUUAAAUUUUUGUUUACCUUUCUAUUUUCUCAUGCUAUUGUACUUGUCUUUUGCUUCAUGUACUGCCAAAUUUAAAAGUUAUGAAUUUUUCAAAACUAGCAUAA